GUUACUCGUUAGCUAGUUUUAUUCCCUUAACAAUGACCACUACAGUAAAAUAUAGCGAAUUUAUAAAAAUUUCAGCGAUUUUGCUGUGUUUUUGUGGCGUAGUUUUGGCUGAAAAAAGUACUGAAGGAAACCGGGAGAGCGACGGACUUGAAAUAGAGUGUGAAGAAAUUAAAGUGAGAAUAACAGUGAAACGGACGUUUUUCCAAGAAAGACGCAUUCCUUUUAAACCGGAGUUUCUGCGACUUGGCGUAAGCUCAAUGCAGACCAGUUCCUGCGGUCCACAGAGAACAUCUGACACUGUUAUGGUCAUUACCGCCGGGCUCCAAGACUGUGGGACUGAGUCCAGUGUUCAUGGUGAUUGGCUUGUGUACUCCAACCAGCUGUUACUGUUACCUGCUGUGGUUCCUACAUCUACAGGCAGUGUGAUAGUUCGAAGAGUGACUACUGUCAUACCCAUUGAGUGCCAUUACGAGAGGAAGCAGGAAGUUAAAGGGCAACCAUUACAACCAACCUGGGUACCGAUGACAUCCACUGUUGCUGCAAUUGGCCUUCUUAACUUCUCCCUCCGUAUCAUGGCAGAUGGUUGUACUUCUUCACGCAGUUCCUCAGUAUAUCAGCAGGGGGAAGCAGUGUUCCUGGAGGCCAGCGUAGAGGCGCAGCUGCACCCUUCCCUUACUCUAUAUGUUGAUUAUUGUGUUGCAACACUGAAUCCUGACCCUCUAUCACGGCCGAGCUACAGGUUUAUUGACAAGCAUGGAUGUCAUAUGGACAGUGCACUGCCAGGGUCUUCCUCUAGAUUUCUUCCUCGAGAGCAAAAUAACAAACUGUGCUUCAGUGUCCAAGCUUUCCACUUCAACCAGAUGCAUGGAGAGCAGAUGUUCAUCAGUUGCCAUCUCGGGGCCACUCUGAAACAAAAGUCACACAGUUACCUAAAUAAAACCUGCUUCUUCCACGGACCCACCUUCAGCUGGCGUGCCACAGAGGGAGACAGUGCUCUGUGUGAAUGUUGUGACUCAAGCUGCUUGAGGCCAACUAAAGAGAAGAACUAUGGAGAUACAACUCAACCAGACACAGGAGAGAAGCAUGAGGCUGACAGGACUGUUGGACCAAUUCACACUUUGCAUCACUCCUACUGGACAGGUCGAAUGUCGGUCAGUCACUGAAGAAGCUUUACCCCAACUUCAGAUUUAGGUGGGUAGGCCUAAAGGGACUGUUGAGACCUAAAACUAGGAAUUUUCUUUUCUAAUGACUCGGUUGAUGUAAAUUUUUCAUAUGGAAGCUGAACAGUUAAGCCGUCAUGAGCAAACUGAGUCACUUACAAAUGAUUUCAACCCUUUACAAGAGGGAGUUAUUUUUGAUUACCUUCCAUCAUGCAGGCUGUUUUCAGCAGUCUUAAAGCUGAAAAGACUCAUGUAAGGAAAGUUUUCCUAAUCUUGAAAGAGGAUGCUUUUCUCAAACGGUAUAAUUUAA